UUUCGCGUAUGUUAAACCACCGCCAUAUGAAAGAAGAUUGAACGCUGUCGACUAUAAAUUCUCAACAAGAUUCAUCUUCUUCGUACUUUGUUCACCAGUGGCAACUACCAUAUUAAUCAAACGAUUAAUAAAACAUACAAGAAUCAUGAAGUUCAUUGUGGCUGUUCUGGCAUUAGCGACAAUAGUCCAUGGUCAAUUCAAUAGGUACCCAUAUUAUCCUGAUAAUUAUUACGGAAGGCGAAUUGCUAUUCUUCGACAGACACAUGAUCAAUCACCAGAUGGCUCCUAUGCUUUCAGUUACGACACGGAAAAUGGAAUAUCGGUAGCUGAGCAAGGUCAACCUAAAAAUGCAGGCCCCGCAGGUCAAGCGGAAGUGGUACGAGGUCAAUAUAGUUACACGGCGCCUGAUGGUACACCAAUUGUUGUAACUUACCUUGCCGAUGAAAACGGAUUUCAAGCAAGCGGAGCACAUUUGCCAACACCGCCUCCAAUUCCUAUUGCAAUUCAACGAGCCUUGGCGUACAACGCUGCUCAUCCUGAGGAAGAGGAGCCAUACAACAGGAGGUACUGAAUGGCCAUCGCAGCGCAAAAAAAUUUUUUUUUUCUUUAAUAAUGUGUGUAAAUUAUAUAAAAUGAAACAUAAUUAAACAAAAAAAAAAAAAAAACAAUUA